AGACAGAAAAUAUGAAUUUAUUUGUUGUGGUAACAUAUUAAUUAAUUUUGUUUUAUGUCAAAAUGUCUACACAAUUUGCAUACAACUGCGCAAAUUGCAAUGUAUAGAAAGACUGUUGGCAAUCAAGAAAUCUUCCGAAAAUAUUCAAUUUACUCCUCAUUAUUCUAUCCAAAAUUUAAAGCAUAUCAUUUUCCUAAACACAAUAAAAUACACAAACUUUCGGCUCUUGUUAAUUGUAUUUUAUUAUUUAGUAAAUUUUUCUUGUACGAACUAUCUUUGUACAAACUGAUUGCCAACAUAUUUUCUUUUCAUUUCGAUCGGUGGAAUUUAUGCUGUUUUAUAACCGAGUGUACAAUGAAUCAAAAACAGGCCACAAACUACGAAAAGGAACAGCGGGCAUAUCAAGUAGUACAGAUUCUUAAAAACGAUAUUAUGGACGAGACACCGUCUAGUGAUGUUGAUUUCGAACCCAAUAACACGAAAAAAUCCCUUUUUGCUACACUUAUUAAAAGAAGACCUAGUGUUAAAAUAACCAAAAAAAUUGAAACCUGUUCCACCAUCAAUUUUGAAACGGAUAGCGCAACGUCUGAACAAAACUGUGGCAAUUUUCAAAACGAACAUGCACCUCAAAAUGAAAAAAAUAAACAUAAUUUUUUUCAAAGAAUUAUCAAGCGCUCAAAAAGUGGUCAAAAUUCUGUGAAAGCAAUUAAAAAAACGAAUGAUGCAGCAACCAGUUGUAAUCAAAAAAUUUCACUCAACAUGUGGAGCAAUUUUAUUCCAACAGCAUACAUACCUAAAUACAACAUCAAAUUGAUCAAUGGUAUGAGUGAACUUGAAGAUAUUUUACAAAACUUGCAUCAUUCCGAACAACACAUGGUCCAUCUUUUGAAGAAAUAUGUCGAAGAUAAGAAUUUCCAAAAACAACUCAUCGAGACUUGCUUCGAAUAUUUUGCUCUUCAAUACGAUUCAAAAUGUCACGCAAAUAUUCUUGCAGAAAAAAUCUGGUUACAACAAUUAGAACAGAACAAAACACAAGAUUAUAACUUACAGAAACGCUUAAACUUUUUAGUAAAAUCAAACAGAUCUCUGCAACUUCAAGUAGAGACUUUAUACCGUCAUUGCGAGAAAUUGGCUGCUCGCACUAAUCUCUACCCAAAACGAUUUCUUCAUAUGAGGUCUUUUGGCAAGAUUUACGCCAGACAUUUGAUUGAAAAUAACCGAAAAUUGCAAAAUAAAGUCAAAGCUUUGACAGGAGUUAUUUCCGAUUUUGAAGAGGAAUUACACAAAAUCCAACAUCAAAAAGGUGUUCUCGAAGAAGAAAAACGAAGUUUUCGCUCAGAAAUUUAUCACUUGCAUGCGAUUUUGGAACGGCAAAAUAGUGACUUCCAACUUGAAAAAUCAGGGCUUGCUUUGCAACUAAACCACCAAAACAAUCUCAUUAAAGAUGCAGUUGCUGCACUUGACUGUAUUUUCCAAGAUUUGCAUGGUUUUGGCCACCAGUUGAACGAAUUUGAAAUAACUGUAAUCUGGCCUCAGUAUCAGUGUCAAAACACCUGUUUGCCCGAAAUGGUUUAUCAACUUCGAGCAUGUGUUGGUGAACUUUUUAUAACAAUGACUACAGCUUUCAAAAAUGUUACUUUGGUGGUCAAGGACGUUAAUAAACUACGGACAACAAACGCCAGAUUACAGGAAAACCUUCAGAAGUCUACUAGUGAAUUGGAUAAUCUUAGCAAACGACUAAAUACCUCCGAACCAGAUUCCAAAAAACUUGAAAAAGAAAAUCUAGUUUUAAAGUUAAAACUCGAAAAUGCGAUGGAACAAAACAGUUUUCUGCGUGAUGAAAUUGAAAAUAGGAAAAAAAAUUUGGAUAUGAACAAAAAUCAAUCUCUUUCAAAUAAAAUCGAUGAAAUGGUUUUAAUAUUUUCUCAAUUAACAUCUGAUUUGCCAAAAGAAUGUAAUUCACAUCAUGAAAAGUUGGAUCACUGCGGAAAAGUUGCAAAACAAUUAGGCGAAAAAUGUAACCGAUUGGAGGAGGAAAAUCAAAAUAUUGUCCAAACUCAGCAAAUGUACCAACAAGACAUUGCAACUUUACAAGAUGGACUUACUAUCUUAAGUGCUGAAAAUGAAACAAUGAAAAAACAAUUAGCAACUCAACAUCAAACUUUAGCGACUCUUCAGAGUGAACGUAUUAAAUAUUUGGAGGAAAAAAAUAUCCUAAAGACUAUUUUUCAGCACUUAAAAAGCGAAAUAUCACGUGUUCAACAACUGGAAGACGCUGUUGCUGAUAUGAGUAAAGAGACAAAUCGACUCAGUCUAAUUGCAGAAUUUAAUAAACAGUUGGGAGAGCAAUUAAAAAAUGAAGUCGAAGUGAAAGAAAACACGAUAAGUGAACUGAAACAAAGUCUCGAAAAGUUGAGUUACAUUCAAAUAGAUACAGAUAAAGAAAGAAUGACUUUGUGUGCUCAACUAUCCGAAAUAUCAACGGUUAAAGAGAAAUUAAGCGAUUGUCUUGAACUUGAACUGAAGAAAAAUCUUCAUCUUGACGAAACUAAAAAGAAAUUGGAAAAUAGUACGAAAAGUCAAUUGAAAAUUUACGAAGAAAUGCAAAAAAAUGAACGAGCAGCACUAAAAGAGUUAUUAAAAGACUUUAGAAAUUUGAUUAAGCAGAGAGACUGUCUACUACAUCUACAAGAGGAAAACAAGAAAAAGUGUAAUGAUAUGGAAAAAGUUUCGCUGGAUUUAAAAAAAGCAUAUGAAGGUGCUCUUGCACAAAUCAAGCAUCGAGAUGAGGAAAUUAACAGACUUGUUGAAAAAAUUCAGUGUCAAGACGAAGAAAUGAAACAAGUUGAAGAAGAUUAUAAAAAUAACACCAUCAAGUACGAAAAAAAUUUGCGGAAGCUUGAAAAAGUUUUGUCUCAGGUGCGAAAUGAAAAAGAUGAGACACUUAGUAGUGUCGUUUCUUUGAAAAAUAACUUGCAAAAAGUGCAAAGCGACUUGAAUGAAUCCAGAGAAAAAUUGACGGAUAUUGAAAAUAAAUUUGCAAUUAAAUCGGCAGAAUGCAAUAAAUUAGAGUCAGAAGUAAGUGCAUGUAAAAAUGACUUGCAAAAUUUAAGCCAGGAAAACGGAAAAUUAACAUUGGAAUUGGAAUAUUUGAAAAAGUUGCACGAGCAAAAAACAUCCGAAUUAAAAGAAACUUUGUCAAGUUAUUCUGCAAAGGAUAAUCAAUAUUUGGAAACACAAAGUGUCGUGUGGAAUAAAGAACAACAAAUCAACGAUCUUAAUCGAAUAAUAAUCGAAAAAGAAAGUGAAAUUAAACAGUUACAACAAGAGUGUCUGUAUCUCAAUAAACAAACUGAAGAUCAGAAUAAAGUAUUGAUUGGUUAUGAAAAUCAGUUGGUACUGUUACAAGACAUAGAAACCGCAAAAUUUAAACUUGAACAAGAAAUUAACAAAAUAAAAUUAGAGCACAAAACGACUCAACUCGAAUUAGAGAAUGCACGAAAAGAAAUUGAUAAUUUAACUAAUGAACUAAAAACAACCAUCUUGAAAACGGAAAACGAAAAAUCCUACUACAAAAAUCAAGCAAAUGAAAUUAUUGUGGAAUAUAGUGAACAAAAGGCAAAUAUCGAAGAUGAAAUUGACAGUAUUUCUGAGCAACUUCGAAAAGUCACUGAAAAUUUACAAAUUGAAAAACACCGUUUUGAUGAAUUAGCCAAAGCCCAUGAUGAGUUACAAAUGAAAUAUCUUCAGUUAAGAGAUAAUUACAAUUCGGAAGUCAACGCUCAUAAAGAAACACGUCUCAAAAUUGAAAAUUUGGAAAAAUACAUGAAUGCAAUUUCAACCGAAAGGGACAAUCUUCAACAACAGGUACACCUUAUACUGAUGGAAAUUAAUGAAGAAAAAGACACAAAUGUGCUUUUAAGUACCGAAAAUAAAAAACUACAAAUGAUUUUGGAGCAAGGCCGACAACAAUAUGGCGCUUUAAUAAACAAAAAUUCGUCGUUAGAAAGCGAGGUUAAAGAAAUGAAACAGAAACUGAAAACAAUAGUGGAUUCUAAAGCUAUGUCUCAAAACGAAAUCAAUACAACAAUUCGUAAACUUGAAGAAAAAACUACAGAGCUUAAAACAGCUAAAGAAACGAUCGAAUGUUUAAAAAAAGAUUUGAGUGAAAGUCAAAAAACGCUCUUUGAUUUGAAGGAGGACUUUUUUAAUUUACAACAACAUGUCACAGGACUAGAAUUUAAAAAUUGUGAGUUAACUCUCCAACUUCAUGAAACUCAAGGGAAGCUCGAAACUGAAAGAAAUCUGUAUCAGGAAUUAAAAACAUCGAAAAAUUCGGAACGUUCUCAACCAAAAGCGCCCUCUGAAUGUGGCGAACUGUUCUAUUGAUUUUAACAGAAAUACAACAAAACUAACCUCUAACACCCGAUUUUCCAGAGAUGGAAGUAAUAUCGUUAAAUCAGCUGCAGAAAUAUGACGAAAUUCUUGAAAAAAUCAACAGUGAAUUUGAUAAAUCCAAGCAGUUGGAAAAGCACGUAAAGGAAGUUGAUUGUGAAAUUAGUGCCCUUAAACUGAAUCAUCAAAAAAUAAGUCAUGUCAAUGUUAAAAUUUUCGGUGAUCCAAUGAACAUCUUCAAUUUGUAUAAAUGCGAUUUGUUGAGUCUCAGUAAAUAUCAUGGUUGUAAUUUUUUCUUAGUGGAGAUUAUUUUAAGUAAAUUAUUUAUCAUGGAUUUGAAUAAUUGGCAGUUGCAUGUUAAUGUUUCUGCUGAGACGUUUUGCACCAACAGUGUACAGUAUUUUGGUAACGAAAACACUAUUUUAAGGACAAUUCCAGUCCCAUCAUAUGUACGUGAAUGCAAAAUUGAGGUUUGUUUAUUUAGAUGGGCACAUGAUGUGUGGAAUGUAAUUGAUUUACAAUCUGUUGAUGUUGAUAUCUCUUAUUAUUUUAGUAAUUCUGUUAAGUCUUCACCCGAUUGUAAUUUAUUAGAACAGGUCACUAAAUUACACAAUCUUGAAACAUUGAACUGUAAGCAUUCAUUGCUACAAUUACAAAAUCAAAUGAAAUGUUAUUUUGAUAAAAAUACUUUUGCAUCAUUUUUUAUAAAGAAUUGCUAUCACCAGUUAAAUUUGGAAUCAAUUGCUGAGUUUGUUAAUGGCAGUAAACGUUUGGCUGAUCUUCAGUUUUCGAUAGGAGAUAGGAAAGUUACUAUUUUACACAAUCGGGAUACAAAUGUUACUAAAUUAAAAUGUGACUUUAGGGAAAUGCAGUCGUUGAAAAAAUUUUUUACAAAGUAUUUUUUCGAUGGCAGUAGCACUGAUGGUUUUCAUAAUAAUUUUAAGACUCUGAAGAAAAAUCAAAACGCGUUAAAACAACUAGACUUGAAUGGGUUGCUUCUUUUGUAUCAGGAAAUUAGAAAAUUAUGGUUUUAAAUCUGUAUCUAAAUAAUCUGAAACAAAGUUUUGUAAUAAAAUAUUGUUUUUUUA